UAAAAUACAUUCAAUGAAUAUGACAGAGUGUAUGAAUAGUUCAUAGUAGGCUUAUUGUCUGACUCUUGUCGUUGAAGUCACGUGUUCAACUAAAAUGUGGCAUUGUCCUCAAACAAGUUGGGACGGGGCAACUUCCCGAAAAACUGUUGCGCAACAAUCAGCCUGACUUUCUGCUUCAGUGGAAAACGAAACUUGGGCAAAGCAGCGGGAAUGGAGGAGUGAUCCCUGUUUUUAGCAGGACUUUAAAAGGAGUGAGAUUUGUGUGGCAACCUUCAGAAGAGAGAAGCACAUUUCUGGAAGACGUCACUUUGUAACCAGAGGGGAGAAGACUCCGACACUGCUGGUUGAACAUGUCCGCACAUCGAUUCUCAGUCACUGUGUGGCUCCUGCUGCUCCUCCACGUCUCUGGAAGUGCAACGAGAAGGAACCUGUUCAGCAGACAAAGAAACCCUGUGCCGCAGGACGGGGACGCGAGGCUGUUCGGCGGCGGCGCUGCAGACGGCCGCGUGGAGAUCUACCACGACAGGACAUGGGGGACGGUGUGUGACGACGGCUGGGACCUGGCGGAGGCCCACGUGGUUUGUCGCCAGCUCGGCUUCGCCCGAGCCGAGUCUGUUGUCAUCGGGAAGGACUACGGGAAAGCAUCUGGACCCAUUUGGCUGGAUGAUCUGAAAUGUGAAGGCACAGAGAUGUAUCUUUCUACGUGUGCGUUCAUAAACUGGGGAGCCACUGACUGCAGCCACAAAGAGGACGUCGGCGUUAUCUGCGAAACGAGCCGCGCGAAUCUAGCCAACGACGAUACUCUGUACUCGCUGGACCACAGCAUCAGCCUGUCGGAUGAGCGCGGCCAGAUCUUUGACAGCGCGAGCGGCGCUAACUUCUUCAUCUCGGUCCGGAGCAUGACUGGAAACACACAGGAAGACGGGACCCCGGAGGUGGUGGGUGUCACGGUUUGGGCCCACAAGUUGAUCCUCUCGCAAUUCCCUCUCUUCAACGCUUCAGAGGGCGUCUCCAACAUCACGGUCGACGUCGGCCUGUUUUGCCAGCCACAUUUCUCCUCCUUCAUCAGGUACAUCUAUACCCGCAAGGUGGAUGUGAACUUGUCCUCUGUGCAGUGCCUCCACUGGAUGGCUUCUACGUUUGGGGUGAAGCAGCUGAUGGAGGACACAGGCCGGCUGUUCUCUAAAAUCCUCCCCGAGGACGCCUCGUUCCAAACGCAGGUGUCCCUCUACGAAUAUGCAGCGGAGACUCAGGACUGGGUCCUCCAAGAGAACUGUAUUCAGUACAUGGCCUGGAACUACCCAAACCUGACCAGUUCUCCCGCUUGGACCCGACUCUCCGUGGAGCUCCUCAGAUCCCUUCUGCUGCGCUCAGACCUGGUGGUACCAGAUGAACAUUUCGUGCUCCAGACUGUGGAGAGCUGGAUCACGGAGAAGGGCAACUCGACGAGUUUGGAAACCCAGGUUGAACUGUUGAGUCUCAUUCGUUUCCCCAUGAUCCCCGCCAAGGUCCUGUAUGAGCUGGAGUCCAACUCGUCUCUCUACAGCACCCAUAUGAGUUUGUAUCGUGAAAACAUCCUGAACGCCUUCCAGUUUAUUGUUCUUGUUUUCAGCAAUCUGAUAUCCAACCCAAAGUUCAACAGAGAAGAUGAUGAUUACCGACCGAGGAUCUACACCGCGGAGCCAUGGAGCGCCGCUCUGCCUCUUCAACAAAACGUCUACUCGCGUCACAAUCAAUACGAUACUAUGGCCACCGUGGUCAACACACCCGUCCACAACAGUCUGAUCUUUAAGGGCAACACGAUUAGCUGGGAGGCGAACGUCUUCAAGAGCCAGCAGGCGUGCGCAAACCGAGGCUUGAGAUGCGAAUCUUUCCCGACAGUGAGGCUGAUGCCUCAAAACCAUCUCUCUCAAUGGAGCAACAUCCACUUUCGUAAUCGUCUUCUCCUCAUAUGCCAAAACAAGUACGUCUUCCAGGUUCAGGACUUCAAGAACAACAUGGCUGUGAAUGGGACCCAGGUUCUGGCCUAUCCCUGUCCUGAUAACCAGUACACCUUCCGCUUUGUAGUGAGACCGGAGUAUGUCUGAGCCCAAUGCAGGGCCAGGCUCAAUGUAUCCUGUAGUCUGCGUAUUAUUCAAUUGAUUACAAUGAUGCUUCAAUAUUAUCUGUGAUUUGUUUUAAUAAAUCUUCAUUGAUUAGCUGCA